UUUUGAUAAACAUAUUGUGUUGUCUGCUUGGCGACCUGUGUUUCAUCGUAACCACCUGCUCCAGAAGAAACAGUGAUAUCUAAUCGCAACCUUGAAACAAACUGCAUCCAGAUAUCACGUCUCAAUUUUCCAAUAAUGACGAAGAGGAGAUGCAUAUGUGAGAUUUGCACAUGCGGGCGCCAUCGCUGCCCACAUCGGCCCAAUGUGACUAUCGGGAGGGGAGAUAGACCAUGCUUGCUGUCGGAGUACAACACAACCUACAGGGCCCACCCUAUUGUGCCCCGGGAGUCAUGCAAACCCCCCGCAGUAGCCAUCAAGGGGGAAGGGCCCCUGGAAGACCGGACUACGCACAGGGUGGACUAUAUCCCCCACUCCAUCGAGAGCCCUCAGUUCCAUGUCCCUGAUGAGUACAAACGGCCUGCUGGGGAGCAUGAUAUGAUGACGUCAUACCACAAAGAUUACACAGAGAAGCAGGGAGCUCCAGCUAAGGCCAUCAAGCAGCAAGGCAUGCAGCAUGUUCCAGGGAAGUUCGAAGGGGAACCCACUUACAAAAGUGACUACAGAAAGUGGGAAAUGGCUGGUCGCCCUAACAGAUAUGGUGAUGUUUCCACCUGGAACCCUCCCCAGCAGCCAUUUGAAGGCCAGAGCACGUUCACCCGUGAUUACCAGCGCUACAACCAGGCUCCCAGAACCACCAUGAAACCAAUGGAGGCGGCCAAAAUGUCUGAUGUUCCUUUCGAUGGAAACACAGGCUACAAUGCUGCUUACAUUAAACAUCCACUUCAGGCAAAGUUUGUAAAGGAGAAGGACACCUACAGACCAUCUGGUGUCCGCUUUGAUGGCCUGUCCACCUUCAAGAGAGACUACCAAGGAGCUUAUGCACCAAAAACAGAAAGCUGCAAGCCCGAUGCUCAGGCAUUCCAAUCUCAGGCACCUCUUGAAGACAUGACAACCUUCAAGAAUGACUACCGGAGAUGGGAAGCUGAUCGUCCAUUUGUACGUGACCCAGAGCAGUACAAGAAGCCAGUCGGUGACAUGGACAUGAACACAACACACAAUCUGGCAUUCAAGGAAUAUCCUUUACAGCGUGCCUUAGCCAAGAGGCCCCACUCGGCUAACGUCAUGAGGGCUGGAGCUUUUAAUGGCGUAACAAACUACUCCACGGACUUCCGCCCGUGGGACCUUGGCCAGAGGAGCCGUCCAGUGAUGAAGCAAGAAUACCUACCCAACACUGCACCAUUCGAGGGCAUGUCCACCCAGAAGUCUCACUACAUUCCACACCCUCUUAACCCCAACCAAAGCUGCAAACCUUCCAAUGACUUCGUCCAGAGCCAAGGUCCCUUUGAUGAUAACACCAUGUACAGGAUGGACUACACCCCGAAGGCGUCGGAGCCAUGCCCUGCUGCAGUCAUUGACACCACACGGUCCACCUACAAAUUUGUGGAACUUGAUACCCGUGGUCACAAGCUUUAUCAACCUGUGUUUGAGUCUGUCACGCCACUUGGCAGAGGCACCCCUCAAGCUAGAAUGCAAACUCUUUGGGUGUAUCUCCGAAUACAUGCCUAUGUGGAGUGGGUGUAUCUCCGAAUACAUGCCCGUGUGCAGUGGGUGUAUCUCCGAAGACAUGCCUAUGUGCAGUGGGUGUAUCUCCGAAUACAUGCCUAUGUGGAGUGGGUGUAUCUCCGAAUACAUGCCCGUGUGCAGUGGUUGUAUCUCCGAAGACAUGCCUAUGUGCAACAAAAUGGUAUAAUCGAUGUUGACGACAACGCACCGUUUCUGUCCGAGUACUCGAAGCGGUACCCCACCCAUCCGAUCCCAACGCGGGAGAGUUACAAACCCACCUACGAGCCUGUGAGGGUGGACGCGAACAUGGAGAACAAGACUACUACUAGACAAGACUACCCUGAAUGGGAGCUGCCUGAACGGAAGCCCAGAGAACGAGCUUUGUGGAACCCUCCGAAAGAUCCCUUCUUAGGGUCAUCCACAGCUAAAGAUGAUUUUAAGGGAAGUUAUUUACCGAAACAAAAGAGCUAUAAACCCAAUUCUGACCCAUACAGAUCUGAUGCACCACUUGAAAACAAAACUACCGCAAGAUCUGAUUAUCCAGAGCACAAGAUAGAGCCCCGUCAAAAGCGUCAAACUCAGGCAUACCAGAAACCAGAAGGUCGCAUGGAAGGAGAUACCAUCAAUCGUCUGAACUAUCCUGAACAUGAACUGACGCCAAGGCAAAGUUUUAAACCAGCAAAUGCUGUUCUCAGUUCGAAAGACCCUUUCGAUAGCAACACCGUCACUCGAUCGGAGUAUCCUGAGCACCCAGUAGAACCUAGAAAGAGGUGGGAGCCUCAGCAAUACGUGAAACCAGAUGGGAAAAUGGAUGGAACUUCUACUACUAAAACAGAAUUUCCAGAGCAUCCUUUACAGCCACGGCAGAGUUACAAACCGAUGAACGCUGCACUAAAGUCUGAGGAUCCUUUUGAUGGGAGCACAACAAACCGAAAAGAAUAUCCAGAACAUCAGAUUGAACCCCGGAGAAGGCGAGAGGUCCAGCAAUAUGUCAGACCAGAAGGUACAAUGGAGGGUAAUACAUCCAACCGUCUUGAUUUUCCUGAACAUACAAUUUCUCCAAGGAAGAGCUAUAAACCAACCAGUACGUUUCAGAAAUCUGAGGACCCAUUUGAUGAUAAAACUACAGCGAGACGUGAUUUUCCAGAGCAUGCAAUAGAACCACGGAAACGACGGGAUGUUCAACUGUAUGUUAAACCAGUUGAUAAAAUGGAAGGUGUAUCGACUAGUAAAUCCGAGUUUCCUGAGCAUGAGAUAACCCCGAGGCAAAGCUACAAACCUUCUCACAUUGUUCAGAGGUCAGAGGAUCCAUUUGAGAAGCAAACGACCUCAAAGUCGGAUUAUCCUGAGCAUACAGUCACCCCACGCCAAAAGAGACAGCAAAGGCAGUAUGUUCAACCUGAAGGUAAGAUGGAUGGUACCACUACAACGAAGUCUGCCUUUCCACAGUACGAACUCUCACCUAGAAAGAGCUACAAACCUGCAAACAGCGUUAUGAAGUCUGAGGACCCAUUUGACAGUACCACAACUGCUAGGCAGGACUAUCCAGAACAUGCCGUUGAACCAAGGAAAAGAAGGGAACAGCAGAAAUAUGCCAGACCAGAAGGAAAAAUGGAGGGUCUUUCGACCACCAGAUCUGAAUUUCCUGAACAUGAAUUGCAAAAGAGACAAAGUUUCAAACCUGCUAGCACUGUCCAACAGUCUACUGAUCGAUUUGAAGAUAAGACCACCUCCAGGCAAGAUUUCCCUGAACAUGCUGUGGAACCAAGGAACCGCAGAGAAUACCAGAAGUAUGUCAGACCAGAAGGUGCAAUGGACGGUGUAUCAACAAACCGGGCAGAGUUCCCAGAACAUCAAAUCACACAAAGGCAAAGCUUCAAGCCUACUCAUAAUGUUCAGAAGUCUGAUGAUCCGUUCAAUGAUAACACUACCUCUAGGCAAGAUUUUCCUGAGCACAAAAUUGAACCUAGACAGAGACGUCAACCUCAACAGUAUAUGAGACCAGAUGGAGUCAUGGAGAAGAACACGUCAAAUCAGUUGGAUUAUCCUGAACAUGAAUUGUCACCUCGAAAGAGUUACAAGCCUUCAAACACUGUACAACGAUAUGAGGAACCAUUGGAUGAUACAACGACAUCUAGAAAAGAUUAUCCUGAACAUAAGGUUGAACCCAGGCAAAGAAGAGUUAGGGAACAAUAUGCGAAGCCUGAAGGCAAGAUGGAGGGUUUAUCUACAAACCAUUUGGAGUAUCCUGAGCACCAGCUUACUCCAAGACAGAGUUUCAAACCUGCCAAUGCCGCUGUCAUAUCAGAUGAUCCAUUUGAAGAUAAAACUACAGCAAGAUCAGACUUCCCUGAACAUCAGAUUGAGCCAAGGCAGAGGCGACAGCCUCAGCAAUACAUCAAACCAGAAGGGAAAAUGGAAGGGAAUACCACUAAUCGCUCAGAAUUCCCUCAACAUGAAAUUACACCCAGGCAAAGUUUUAAGCCAGUGAACUCUGUGCAGAGAUCUGAAGACCCAUUUGAUGAUAAAACUACAGCGAGGCAGGAUUAUCCUGAACACAUGAUUGAGCCUCGAAAGAGGAGGGAGCAAGUACCAUAUGUGAAGCCGGAUGGUGUGAUGGAUGGUAACACAUCCAACCGUUUGGACUAUCCUGAACACGAACUUCCCACUCGUCAGAGUUAUAAACCCACUAAUUCAGUUCAGCAGUCAACUGAUCCAUUUGAAGAUAAGACAACAGCUAGACAGGACUUUCCUGAACACAUAAUUGAACCUCGGCAAAGAAGAGCACCUGAGAAAUAUGUGAAGCCUGAAGGAAAGAUGGAUGGUUUGUCCACAAACAGACUGGAAUAUCCUGAACACCAACUUACACCAAGGCAGAGUUUCAAACCUGCAAAUGCUGUUCUGAAGUCUGAUGAUCCAUUUGAAGACAGGACAACCGCCAGAGCUGACUUCCCUGAACAUCAGAUUGAGCCAAGGCAGAUGCGACAGCCUCAGCAAUACAUCAAACCAGAAGGGAAAAUGGAAGGGAAUACCACUAAUCGCUCAGAAUUCCCUCAACAUGAACUCACACCCAGACAAAGUUUUAAGCCAGUGAACUCUGUGCAGAGAUCUGAAGACCCAUUUGAUGAUAAAACUACAGCGAGGCAGGAUUAUCCUGAACACAUGAUUGAGCCUCGAAAGAGGAGGGAGCAAGUACCAUAUGUGAAGCCGGAUGGUGUGAUGGAUGGUAACACAUCCAACCGUUUGGACUAUCCUGAACAUGAACUUUCCACUCGUCAGAGUUAUAAACCCACUAAUUCAGUUCAGCAAUCAACUGAUCCAUUUGAAGAUAAGACAACAGCUAGACAGGAUUUCCCUGAACACAUAAUUGAACCUCGGCAAAGAAGAGUACCUGAGAAAUAUGUGAAGCCUGAAGGAAAGAUGGAUGGUUUGUCCACAAACAGACUGGAAUAUCCUGAACACCAACUUACGCCAAGGCAGAGCUUCAAACCUGCAAAUGCUGUUCUGAAGUCUGAUGAUCCAUUUGAAGACAGGACAACCGCCAGAUCUGACUUCCCUGAACAUCGGAUUGAGCCAAGGCAGAGGCGACAGCCUCAGCAAUACAUCAAACCAGAAGGGAAAAUGGACGGGAAUACCACUAAUCGCUCAGAAUUUCCUGAACAUGAACUCACACCCAGGCAAAGUUUUAAGCCAGUGAACUCUGUGCUGAGAUCUGAAGACCCAUUUGAUGAUAAAACUACAGCGAGGCAGGAUUAUCCUGAACACAUGAUUGAGCCUCGAAAGAGGAGGGAGCAAGUACCAUAUGUGAAGCCGGAUGGUGUGAUGGAUGGUAACACAUCCAACCGUUUGGACUAUCCUGAACAUGAACUUUCCACUCGUCAGAGUUAUAAACCCACUAAUUCAGUUCAGCAGUCAACUGAUCCAUUUGAAGAUAAGACAACAGCUAGACAGGAUUUCCCUGAACACAUAAUUGAACCUCGGCAAAGAAGAGCACCUGAGAAAUAUAUGAAGCCUGAAGGAAAGAUGGAAGGUUUGUCCACAAACAGACUGGAAUAUCCUGAACACCAACUUACACCAAGGCAGAGUUUCAAACCUGCAAAUGCUGUUCUGAAGUCUGAUGAUCCAUUUGAAGAUAGGACAACAGCCAGAUCAGACUUCCCUGAACAUCAAAUCGAGCCAAGGCAGGUACGACAACCUCAACAAUACAUCAGACCAGAGGGGAAAAUGGAAGUGGCUACGACCAAUCGUUCAGAAUUUCCCGAACAUGAAAUUACACCCAGGCAAAGUUUUAAGCCAGUGAACUCUGUGCAGGGAUCUGAAGACCCUUUUGAUGAUAAAACUACAACGAGACAGGAUUAUCCUGAACACAUGAUUGAGCCUCGAAAGAGGAGGGAGCAAGUACCAUAUGUGAAGCCGGAUGGUGUGAUGGAUGGUAACACAUCCAACCGUUUGGACUAUCCUGAACAUGUCCUUCCACCUCGGGAAAGUUUCAGACCUGUAGACACAGUUCAAAAAUCCAAUAUGCCUUUUGACGAUCAAACAACAGCAAGAAUGGACUACCCAGAGCAUCAGAUUGAGCCAAGACAAGGGAGAGAAAGCAUUUGA